UGCUUUGAGAAAAUCCGACCCGUAAUCGGUGUCAAAAGAAGAUUUUUCAACUGUCGCGGGUAUGCCUUUGAUUUCUUUUAUGCUCUUCCUUUUUCUGCUUCUGCAUACUACUACAGCUGAUUUUCACAAAUAACUACUUUUAUGUCCCUGUAAAUACAAGGUAGAAAUGAGACACAACAAGUAACUCAUGUGCUCAAUUUUUCAAGGUAUUUGUGAUGCAAUAAUUGCCAUUCCGAAGAGUUCACUAGCACAUAUAACCCUGCGAAUCUUCAGGAGGCAACCUUAUGUGGCGCAGCAAUUAUUUCAAAAAGUUGCACAGACAAUCACGCCCGAGCCAAUGCAGAAUGUGAAAGGUGCGCUUGCAAGCAGUGAGAUUGCGCAAAAAACUGAGGCAAAAAAGAAAGCUGUGCCUCGAAAGGCAGCAGGACAGACUUGGGAAGAUCCUACUCUUGCAGACUGGCCAGCGAUUUUAGUUGUGCGAUGUAGUAGUUGUCUGUUCCUGCAUUUGUUUUUUCAUCGUGUCGGACUCGGCUUUUAUCUUGCACUCGAGUUGACACUGCAUUGUCCAAAUAGCAGUAGCAGAUAGAGUGAUGUGUGAGAUUCACAUACUACAUGUGAUAAUCUUUUGGAUAUGUUGUAAAGGUUUUGUUCCUCAAUGAAUGUACAUGGUAUGAAACAGUUGAUGUGUUGUGGCCAUUUAUACAGCUUGAAUAGGUCGCUCACUUUUUUCAUUAGUACUGCCGAACGCUUGAAACCAUUAAGGUUGGAGGAGCACAGAUCUACAUUCGUAUUUAUCAAAUUUGCAGCCAAAUGCACAACAAAAGAAAAGGGGAAAAAAGAUGUUAGCUUGGCUGACGAA